AUGAAGCUCGCAGAGACUCCAUGGUGUCCGCCGGGCCUCCGGCGCUCCAACUGGGCCAUCUCCAACUUCAAAGUGGACAAGUUGCUCGGCGAGGGCAGCCUGUCCACCGUCAUCUCUGCGACGUGCCGCACCAGCAACCAGCGUGUGGCAAUCAAGACGUACCACAAGGACAGGCUCAUCGGCGUGUUUGGACGACAGGUGGCGAGGGAGAUCAGCAUACACGCUGCCCUCAACCACCCUUCCAUCGUCCCCCUGUACGCUACGUUUGAGGACGCUGAUGGCAUCUACCUGGUCCAAGAGCUGGCCGCGCAAGGUGACCUGUAUGGGGAACUGGCAGCCCGAGGGGGCUUCAUGCAUGAGAAGGAAGUCGUGCAGCAGGUCCUUGUGCCUUUGCUCAACGCGCUGCAGUACCUUCACGAGAAGGGGGUGAUGCAUCGGGACAUCAAGCCAGAGAACAUCCUGAUAGUGAAGCUCACGGUGUCCAGCACACCAGUCAUGCCUACAGGGGCCAACUACACCCUGGCGGUGGACUGCUGGUGCGUCGGAGUUCUGGCGUAUGAGCUGCUGAUUGGCGGCCCGCCCUUUGAAGCGCCGUCAAAGGAGGCAACCUACACGCGGAUCCAGAAGGCGGAGCCCUUCCUCCCCCGUCACCUGUCCCACGCCGCCAAGGCCUUCCUCGGCGCCGCCCUCCAGCGUGAACCCAGCCAGCGCCCCAGCCCGAGCGCCAUGCUGCGAGACCCCUGGAUCACAGGCCUGCAGGAGGGGCACCUGGCUCGUGCCGGGGCCGCGACGCCAGCCCCUGCCCCAGCGCAAGACCAAUCAAGGUCACAACCAGACGACGGAGCGGUCGCAGCGGCCUCGCCCACGCCGCCAAGCUCCGAGGCGCCGAGCACAGCCGCGCCGGCAUGCGUUCCCCUGGAGGGCAGGGAGGACGGGGCCGACCUCAUCCCUGCCGCUCGGCGGCCCGGUGGCGCCACAGUCAUCCUGGCUCCUGCGGGCACCAAGGUGCGGGCUGGGAUUGCUGCGGAGGGGCCGGGCAAGCCGCUGCAGGCCCUGCGGAAGAAGCUGUCUGGUUGCUGCAAGGCUGGGAGGGAGGUCCGGGCGGAGCCAAGGUCCAGCAUCGCCAUGGUGAACACCGCCAGCGGCACAGCUACAAAGCAAAGCUUCCUGAUGGCAUUCGGCAAGAAGCUGAACAUGGGCAUCAGCAGGAAAACUGGGUGA